AUGGAUUCACCUCCCUUCGAUGCAACCGACACAAUCGGUGCCUUGGUCAUUGGCGUAAUAGUAUCAAUAAUGCUCUACGGGAUUUCGACCACCCAGACAUACCUCUACUUUGUGCGAUUCCCAGAAGAUUCUAAUUUUCUGAGGCUAUUGGUCAUCUUUGUCUGGCUUUGUGAAACCGUUCACGCAGGCAUUAUCGGGCAUGUUCUCUACUUCUACAGCGUCACCAACUACGGCAACCCAAAGAGUCUCCUUGAGAAGGUGCCCGGAACCCUCCCCGUCUCCAUCGUCAUCACAGGCGUUAUCACAGCUCUCGUCCAAGGGUUCUUCGCCUAUCGAAUUUGGGCCUUCAGCACGAACAGGAUAUUCAAACUCAUUUCCGUCGUCAUCUGCCUGACCGAUGUUGCCUACCUCGGUGCCUCUUUCGCUGCGACGAUCCUGUCAUUCUCCGUGAAGAAUAUCCAACAAUUCCUCAGGCAAUAUGGCUGGCUCUUGUUCGGGCCUUGGAUCGUCACUUUGAUCAACGACGUCGCUAUUACGGGGAGCUUGGUUGUUUUGCUGCUGCGGAAUCGGACAAAAGGACUCGCACUAACAACAGCACUCGUGGACAAAUUGAUCAAAUGGGCUGUAGAAACUGGGCUGAUUACGAGCUUAUUUGGCGUCGUGACCAUAAUAUAUUACCAGAAACACACGGCAACAUUUAUUUGGGUUGGAUUGCAAAUCAUUAAAGCCCGCCUUUUCGCGAAUUCGCUUUUAGCAAGCUUAAAUUCCCGAACUACCUUGCGAGCGAUCGCCAGCGAACCCGACCCGACGCUGGGCACUAUACCCACCGGGACCAUGCUGAGCACGCUCCCCUCCGGCUCCAGGAACAUGUCCACCGUGGCCUUUCGCGGGGAUCCAGAAUUUGGACACGAACGAACGAGCACUCAUGACGAUGACGACGUAGUAGUACCACAAUAUAAGGGAAUAUAG